AGGCCUUCCCUUUGCAAUCAAACGCAUCAGUUUUGUCUUUGACAUUUCCCUUAGCCGCCUCCCUCACUGUUCAGGUUUGGUUCUUUCACUAUAAAUUCAGGUGCUUUUCUUGUUUCCUGAUAUCUGAUGCUAAGCCACUUGUGUAAUUUAGUAUUUUGUUUGGAUUUUCUUUGAAGCUGUCUUGCUGUUUGCGUAGAGCUACCAAAUGUUGGGUUUUUUUACUGUGAGCUUGUGAUUUUGUGAAUUGGAUCUCAGGCAAUUCAGUAAAAGUUUGGAAAUUUUGGUGCUUGGAGAUCGUGGGAUUGGUUUUUGGGCAACUUUACCACCUGGGUUUUAAUUUGUUUCGCAAUUGUGAACUGGGUACUGAUACUGAAGGCUUUUGAUUGAAUUUUUGUGGACCCAUCAAGCUAUAUGGUAUAUGGAACCAACCGUUUUUUAUGACAUCCAACUCAAUCAUCACCCCUUUGAGGCUUUGUCUAUUAAAGGUUUCAACUAGUGUGUCAUGAAUUGAGGCUCGAAUUGUUCAUUUCAGUGAUUGUUACACAAUAAACUUAUAUAUUUGGAGCAAUUUGAAGUCGUGAUAUACAAGUAACAUUACUGGCCAAAAAGAAAGUAUCAUUAUCUCCGCUCAGCUCCUUUCUUGUCCGGGAUUCUCUCUUUUGUCAAUCUCGUGAACUGGGUUCUGUAGAUGAAUUUGAAAGUGACGGUCGAACACUAAUUUGCAUAUCCAGGGCGAUCAGAACGGUUGAACUUGAAACUAGUGAGCUACUUGAGGGCGGUGAGACGAAUACAAGAGUACAGAGAUGUUUCAUCAUCUUUUCAUUCAGAAAAUGGAAAUUGAACACAUUAUCCCGUUAAGAACGGCCAUCACUAUGUUGAGUCUGUUGCUUCUGGUGAAAUUGCCAGCAAUCUCUUCCUCUGAGUUUGUUAUACAGUCCAAGGUUUGCAGUGAUCACAUUGCCUAUACAAAGUUUUAUGGUCAUGAACUGUAUUACAUAAAUGGGAAUUCAGUAGAGAAAGCUUUAUUCUGUACGGCACUUGAGACAUACUAUGCAAAUGGUUGCAUUUUGGAGGGCUACCUUGGCAUUAACCAUUGUGUAUCAGACCUUUCACUAGUUGGUUUUCGCUUGAGGACAGGAAGGAAACUUUUGCAAAAGGAGUCAAGGGAUAAAUCCACGUCCUAUGAUAGAGAAGAAAAGAACGGCGUUGCAUCUGUAUCCAUGACCAAAAAAGUUGGAAUGGCAGUAGGUGCAAUGUCUUUGUUAUGUUGUGUUUUCAUGUGUCCCUGCUUUUAUAAGAAAAGGAGAGAAGCUGCUCACAAAGUUCUUGCUAAGGACCCAAAUUCAAUGGAUUCAGCUUCUUCUUUUGAAGUGAAUUCUGCUCCUGAAAAGAUCCCGGCUAGUCCGCUUCGUGUGCCACCUAGUCCUAGAUUUUCAAUUUCUCCAAAACUCAGUAGACUUGGAUCGGUACAUCUCAGUUUGAGUCAGAUUGCCAAAGCAACCCGCAACUUCUCUCAAUCACAACAAGUAGGUGAAGGAGGUUUUGGAACUGUCUACAAAGCCAGGCUAGACGAUGGCCAAGUGGUUUCUAUAAAACGAGCUAAGAAGGAACACUUUGAGAAUUUGGAAACUGAAUUCAGUAGUGAAGUUGAACUUCUGGCCAAAAUUGAUCAUCGGAAUCUUGUAAAGCUACUAGGUUAUGUUGAUGAAGGAAAUGAGCGUCUUAUCAUUACAGAGUAUGUGCCAAAUGGUACUCUUAGAGAACAUUUGGAUGGUCAGCACGGGAAAAUCCUAGAGUUCAACCAGCGACUUGAAAUUGCUAUUGAUGUUGCUCAUGCCUUAACCUAUCUUCAUCUAUAUGCAGAAAAGCAAAUCAUUCAUCGAGAUGUGAAGUCGUCCAACAUUCUUCUGACAGAAAGCAUGAGAGCCAAAGUGGCUGAUUUCGGAUUUGCAAGGCUUGGUCCGGUGGACUCGGAACAGACACACAUUUCAACCAAAGUGAAAGGAACUGUCGGUUACCUCGACCCCGAGUAUAUGAAAACCUAUCAACUCACCCCCAAGAGUGAUGUUUACUCAUUUGGGAUAUUACUUAUAGAAAUCAUAACUGGCCGUCGUCCAGUGGAGUUGAAAAGAUCUGUUGAAGAGCGGGUGACACUCAGAUGGGCCUUCAAGAAGCUGAAUGAAGGAAGGAUGGUGGAAUUGGUUGAUCCUGCAUUGGGGGAAGUUGUAGAUGCAGAGGUAGUGGUGAAAAUUUUUGAUUUGGCUAUCCAGUGUGCUGCCCCCAUUCGAGCUGAUAGGCCAGACAUGAAAUCAGUGGGAGAGCAGUUGUGGACAAUAAGAGCAGAGUAUCUUAGGAGUGUCAAGAAAGGCUAGUGGUAUAAUACGAGAGGCACCUCCUUCCCUCAAACUUGCCCUGUAAGAACGAAUUUGGUCACAGACAAAAGUUUGCUUUUUCGUGUAGGCCUCUUUGUCGACAUCUUUUUUUAACUCUUGAACAUGCAUACAUGUGGAUGUCUAAUAUACCUUUUUUAAAACUAGUUAUUGUAAAACAACGACUUGCCUUGAGGAGCAUAAAGGCAAACACAUUUGCAGUUUUUGAAUGUUGAUAUCACUCGGAAAAAGAGAUUCAGAAUUCAGCAACAAUGGAUUCAGGAUUUGGGCUGGAAUUACGACA